UUGUUAUCGAUAGCAGUGCAGUAAAACCGCAGCCGAACAACAAAAAACAUUUGUUUCAUUUAUUAAAAUGGUUGCUGGUCGGUAUCAGCACGAAGCUACCGCAGUUUAGCCAGUUUAGAUAGCAUCAAAUCGAAGUCCCUGUGUACGCUCAGCUGUGCGGCCGGAUUGUGCAUAAAUCCCGCACACAAUAUUGCAACAUUUUCACAAUUCAGGCCUUUUUCCCCAUUUGGUUAACAACUCGUCCGUCACGCGAUGGCUGAGCAGGCUAAAAAGGACAGCGAGGAGACGACACAAUGUGUGGUCUUCGAUCAAACGCCAGGCUCGCAGCAGAAGAAGAUCAACAUUGUGGUCCGGGAUCACUUCACAGUGCAGCGUGUGAUUACGUUGAUUGGCACACAGUUUGCCUACGACAAAUUCGAGCUGCUACUGCAGCCACAUGGCGACAAGGAUCUGGUAUAUCUCAAUGCACUCGAUAGUCAGCUGCUGUAUGAUGUCACUGGGUUUGAGCGCAAGCUCAAGAAUAAUCUUGUAUUGUUGCCCGAGGGCAGCUGGGAUGGCAAUGUGGCCAAACGCUACGAGUUAAUUGUGAAGAAAACUGUUACAGUCAAGAAGAAGGACUUAGACUCAGCGGAGAGCACAACGACCACAGCAAAGAGCGGCGACAAGGAGAAGAAGAAAAAGUCGACAACGACAUCAACAACGAUAACGGCGUCCGGCGAACUAAAGAAGAAAAAGUCACCCAGCAAAACCAAGACGAGCUCCUCCAGCGUUAGUCCAACAACCGAUGACACUGCAGUCGCCUCGCCCGUGAAAAAGAGCACAAAACUGAAGGCGAAACCCAGCGAGAUUAGCUUGAAGCCCAUCCCGAACGAACAGCCACAACCGCAACAGCAACAACCGCUGGAGCUGGAGGAUCUGGAACCGCAACCCAUUAAUUGUGAUGGUAUGCCAGAAAUACCCAUCGAUGAGCUAACCAAAGUGGAAAUCACCGAACAGCUGCAACAGCUGCCACAGAACCGACUGCUUAUAUCACCAGUCGAUGAUGUGGCCUCUGAGCUGUUCAACAUCAGUCCCGUCUCUGAUGUGGAGCCGCUGUCGGAUGACGAUCUGGCACUGGGCGCUUCGGCGAGUCCCACAAUGAUGGGACCACCGUUUGAGUUUGGCAAUGCGGGACCCACAGAAAGCGAUCUGCUGUCAGCUACGCAGGCUGGCGCCGAUGCCUUAGCUGCGGGCAAGAGCGAGGAGGAGGCACGCCAAGACUUGCAGUUUACCAACUUCUUUGGUCGCAAGUAUGGUGGCGAUGAUGUCGCCGCUUGGCAACGCACCAACUCCAGUGCUGCUGACUUUGUGGCCAAUUCGGCCAACACAGAAGAAACCGAAUCGCAUCGCAAUGGUCCAGGACCACGAAACUAUGUGGGAUUGGUUAAUCAGGCGAUGACCUGCUAUCUGAACAGUCUGCUCCAGGCGCUCUACAUGACGCCCGAGUUCCGUAAUGCGUUGUAUCGCUGGGAGUUUGACAAUGACAACGAGGCCAAGAAUAUACCCUAUCAGCUGCAGAAACUGUUUCUCAAUCUGCAGACAUCGUCCAAGUCGUCGGUGGAGACAACGGAUCUGACGCGCAGCUUUGGCUGGGAUUCGACGGAGGCGUGGCAACAGCACGAUAUUCAGGAGCUGUGUCGCGUCAUGUUCGAUGCGCUGGAGCACAAAUUCAAGAACACCAAACAGGCCAAUCUCAUCUCGACACUGUACGAGGGAAAGAUGAACGAUUACGUCAAGUGUUUGGAGUGCAAUACAGAGAAGACUCGCGAGGACACGUUCCUCGAUAUACCGCUGCCGGUGCGGCCAUAUGGCAGCAGCUCCGCCUACGGCAGCAUAGAGGAGGCGUUGCGUGCCUUCGUUCAGCCCGAGACGCUGGAUGGCAAUAAUCAGUAUCUGUGCGAGAAGUGCAAAAAGAAGUGCGAUGCCCACAAGGGACUGCACUUCAAGUCGUUCCCCUACAUUCUGACACUGCAUCUGAAGCGCUUCGACUUUGAUUACCAGACCAUGCAUCGCAUCAAGCUGAACGAUCGAGUCACCUUCCCGCAGCGUCUGAACCUCAACAGCUUCGUCAAUCGCACGCCUGCGCCCUGCGAACAGUAUCAGAUGAACGGCAGCAGCUCGACAACUGUCGACGACUGCAGCACAGCGGACAGUGGCUCAGCCAUGGAGGAGGAUAACCUGAGCAGCGGCGUGGGCACCACAGCCAGCUCCAGUCAGCAUGAGAACGACAUGAAUGACGAGGACGAGGGCAUCGAUAUGAGCAGCAGCACCACAGGCAAGAGCGGCCACAUGGAUCAGCGACUCAAGCAGGAGCCGGGUCCUUAUCACUAUGAGCUCUUUGCCAUCAUGAUACACUCGGGCAGCGCUUCGGGUGGUCAUUACUAUGCAUAUAUUAAAGAGUUUGAGAACAACGAUUGGUUCAGCUUCAACGAUCAGAAUGUCUCAUCGAUUACACAGGAGGAUAUUCAGCGCUCGUUUGGCGGCCCCAAUGGCAGCUACUAUUCGAGCGCCUACACGUCCAGCACGAAUGCCUAUAUGCUGAUGUAUCGUCAGGUCGAUGCGAAACGCAAUGAGCUGGCGGCCAAGGCUAGCGAGUUUCCGGAACACAUCAAGACGCUGCUGCCCAAGCUGCAUGCGGAGGAGGAGACGCGUAGCACACGCCUGGGCAGGCACAUCACAGUCGCCGAUCUGGCGAUGCCCGCGUAUAAACCGCGCGUCUACUUCUACAAUCCGACGCUGAAGAAGAUGAAGAUGACACGUGUGUAUUUGUCGGUCAGUUUCGAUGCGAAUCGUGUGCUGGAAUCGGCGCACACGAUGCUCAACGUGGAGCAGUUUGCUCCUCUGUCGCGUUGUCGCCUCGUCGCCUACAAUUCGGCAAUGGACACGAUCAUUCAGUCGCUGGAGAGCUUUAAUGAUCCAGCGUUGACGGAGCUGCGUUCGUGGAACAACUACAAUUUGGACUUUCUGCUGGAGCAUCGGGCCGAGGAUCAGGAGUUUGAAAGCUAUGCUAGCGAUGGCACCACGUGGUAUGUGUUUAUCGUAGAUCUCUCGACCAUGGCGAUGGACGGUCCCUUCCUGGUUUCUUCAGCAGCGCGGGAACGAAGCGACGCGUUGCGCCAUUCGAUCGCGAUGCGCCUGCACAUUAGUGAGCAGGAGUUCCUGCUUGCCACCGUCCGUGGCUGUGGCAGCAAUCCGAAGGCGUUUGUCGCCUACGAUCCGCAUCCGUCGGUUGAGGCCCAGGAGAAACUGCAGCAAUUGGCCAGCACUCAAUUCAGAUAUAUCACAUACUUUUACUUGGACGUGCCUAACACUGAUGCCAGCACCCUCGAGAUGCUGGGCGUGCCCAGCAGCGAACUGCCCGCAGCUGCCACUGAGCCUCCGCUAACAAAUGGAUGCGACGUAGUCGAUGCGGCCAUGAUGAACGGCAUCGGUGAGCAUGGAAUGAGCAAUGGCAACGGGAACAAUGACUGUGAUUGGCGUCGCUAUAAGCGCGAUCAGCCCGAUCCUCUGGCGCCACUCGUGACGCCCGGCCACGAGUCUAACUCGGAGGACAGCAGCCUGAGCGAUGGCGAUCGCACACUGGUGGAGAACAGCAUGCAGCAUCGCGGAGGUGGCGACAGUCAGGUCAGUUCCACCAGCCACUCGCCGCAGCUGUCGAGUCCCGAGGACGAGGCGGCCUCACACGAUGCCAUGAUGCGAGUGCGUGCCUAUUGCAAUGAGAAUGGAGGCUAUGCCGGCGAGGCGGGUGACACGCUUUCGUCUCACUCAUUCACCCCCAGCACGACGCAGCACUUUUUCCAUGCCCUCAAGAUCAGCAGCAGCAGCAACACCACAACGACAACUACAACGACACACAGCAGCAGCAGUAGUGCACACCAGUCGGAUGAGGAAUCGCAGCUGCGUAAGCCAACGCAAUCUUACAAAUUGUUCGUGGGAUCGCGCAUGGGCAUGGGCAGCUUUAAGCAGCACAUUGAGCAGCUGAUCCGUGUGCCUGGCGAUUACUUUAGGCUGCACGAGGUGAAUGGCAAGCAUGACAAUACCAUAUCGAGUAGUCAACACAAUUCGAUCAUCACCUUCAACGAAGGCGACACGCUGACCGUGGAGCUGGGAAAGACACUGUCGCCGGACGAAUACAAGGCCAAGAUUUACUAUCUGCGACUUGGGGAUCUGGACAAUGAGACCGCCAAGCUGGCGUGCGUCUGCGAAUGGGUCUACAAGUCGACGACGACGACGGAGCAGGCCAAGCAGGAGCUGGUGGCCAAGUUGCAUCGCAUCGAUGCCAAAUACGAAUCCCUCACGGUCGAGAACUGUCGCAUCUGGCUGAAAGGCGGUCGCAGUCCCAUCAAAAUACUCGAGAGCGAUGAGACGCUCUACUGCGACAUGCGCACCACCAUCACCACUGAGUUCAUUCUGCAAGAAUGCGAAGCGGGAGUUGUGGCGCAACCGUCGGAUGACUCUCUGACCAUCUUUGUGCGUCGUUGGUGUCCACAGAAAUGGGAGUUUGGCAAAUUCCAGGAGAUCACAUUGGAGAAGGACAGCGAAAUCAAAAGCUGCUUGGCCAAAAUCUGCGAUAUCAGCAUUGACAACUUGAGCUACGUGAAGGUGAACAGCAACUUCCCCUACACCAGCAUAUCUGCAGUUAGUGUCAAUGACACCAUGAGCUGGUCCUCUGAUCCGGUCUCAAUGGAAAUGUAUCCGCUGUGCUCAACGCAAUGCGGCAACAUGUAUUUGUACAAAGAUAAAUCGGUGGCAGUGCGAGAACUGUCGGAGGAGGAGCGUCGCUCGUUGAAUAAUAAGGAGAAGGCGCGCCUCGAUCGUUUGGGAUGCAUUUCAUCAACGACACGCUACUCGCAGCGACGCGAACGUGCCCUGAAAAUCUACUUGGACUCACCCGAGAAGCCCAGCAAUGUCACAGCUUCGGCGCCUAUUGAUGCACAUGCUGCGAAUUAAUGUCAUCGCCUCCCAUCAUUGUUGUGCUCGUUGUAAAACCCGGAUGCAUGAAUACUAUACACAUAUUUUCAAACUAAAAACACACUUGAAUUAAAUCCUCUUCCUCCUCCAAUGAUAACGACGACGACGCCAUUGCCUCUCCUCUCAUAAUUUAGAUCGGGCGUUCCGUUUCAGUUCAGUUCAGUUCACUCGUAUCAAUCUAAUAUUGUAAUUUCUUUUGUUGUUUCAAUUUGUUGGCGCAAUAUUCUUUAGCGAAAGGGCUGCUUGCUGAGAUGCAGGAGGAGGAGAGGGAGGUAGAUUCGGUGGGUGUCCUAGCAACAACAGUAACGACAACAAAAAAAAAAUAUGAUUCUUGCUACUUUUUGAGACUGUGUACAAUUUUAAUUACAUGCAAGAGCAAAUUCAAAAUAAUAAAUGAAAAAAAAAAACAAAUUGUGAAAAUACUUAAAUUAAUUACAUAAAAAAUAAAAGCAAAUCAUUUGUAUUGGAAUCGAA